UCGAUCGGCUUUGAAAGGGCUAAAGGUUGAUGCUGUGGAGAAAGGCCUGUCCAUAUUCUUUUCGACGAGUUUUAAUAACUUGUGGCUCAAGCAAAAGGGAAGCUCAGAGAUGGCCGAAAAAUCAGAAACUCUUCAGGCUAUCAGCAAGGAAAGCAUUGAUCUGGAAAAUGUACCACUGGAAGAGGUUUUCGACCAUCUGAAAUGCACCAGAGAGGGUUUGAGCUCCAAUGAAGCACAAGAGCGGCUUUCAUUGUUUGGUUACAACAAACUCGAGGAGAAAAGGGAAAGUAAGAUACUAAAGUUCUUGGGAUUCAUGUGGAAUCCACUGUCAUGGGUCAUGGAAGCUGCAGCCAUCAUGGCCAUUGCUCUUGCUCAUGGCGGAGGAAAGCCUCCUGAUUACCAUGACUUUGUGGGGAUUGUGAUCUUACUUCUGAUAAACUCGACGAUCAGUUUCAUAGAAGAAAACAAUGCCGGAAAUGCAGCUGCUGCUCUCAUGGCUCGGUUGGCUCCUAAAGCAAAGGUCUCACGAGACGGGACAUGGGAUGAGAUAGAUGCUGCUGUGUUGGUUCCUGGAGAUAUAAUCAGUAUAAAACUAGGAGACAUCAUUCCUGCAGAUGCCCGCCUUCUCGAAGGAGACCCUCUAAAGAUUGAUCAGUCAGCUCUUACAGGAGAAUCUCUUCCAGUUACGAAACAUCCAGGUGCUUCAGUGUACUCUGGUUCAACCUGCAAGCAAGGUGAAAUAGAAGCAGUCGUCAUUGCAACUGGCGUUCACACUUUCUUCGGAAAGGCAGCUCAUCUUGUGGAGAACACUACCCAUGUCGGCCACUUUCAGAAGGUCUUGACUGCAAUAGGGAACUUCUGUAUCUGCUCAAUUGCCGCUGGAAUGGCGAUAGAGAUUAUCGUCAUAUACGGUAUCCAACAGAGAGGAUACCGUGUUGGAAUCGAUAACCUUCUUGUGUUACUGAUCGGCGGGAUCCCAAUCGCAAUGCCUACUGUUCUUUCAGUCACAAUGGCAAUCGGCGCUCACCGACUGGCUCAGCAGGGUGCCAUAACAAAGAGGAUGACAGCCAUUGAAGAAAUGGCGGGAAUGGAUGUUCUGUGCAGCGAUAAAACUGGCACUCUCACACUAAACAAGCUUACUGUGGACAGAACUCUUAUCGAGGUUUUCAAGAAGGGUGUUGAGAAGGAUACAGUUGUGCUCAUGGCUGCGAGAGCUUCACGUUUGGAGAACCAAGAUGCCAUAGAUACCGCCAUUGUUUCAAUGCUGGGAGACCCGAAAGAGGCACGUGCUGGAAUUCAAGAAGUCCAUUUCCUUCCAUUCAAUCCCACUGAUAAAAGAACUGCGCUUACAUACGUAGAUGGGGAAGGCAAGAUGCAUCGAGUGAGCAAAGGCGCUCCUGAGCAGAUUUUGGCUUUGGCACACAACAAAGUGGAGAUCGAGAAAAGGGUACAUAUGGUUAUCGAUAAGUUUGCAGAAAGAGGCCUAAGAUCACUUGCAGUUGCCUAUCAGGAAGUACCAGAUGGUGAUGUUAAAAGCCAAGGUGGUCCUUGGGAAUUAGUAGGCCUUCUUCCUCUGUUUGACCCUCCUCGCCAUGACAGUGCUCAGACAAUCGAGAGAGCUCUUCUGCUUGGAGUCAGUGUUAAAAUGAUCACAGGUGACCAGCUGGCAAUUGCCAAGGAAACAGGAAGAAGGCUUGGAAUGGGCGCAAACAUGUACCCGUCUUCAUCUUUGCUCGGCGAAACCCAUAUCGAAGCAGAUUCAGCAAUCCCCAUUGAUGAACUCAUUGAAAAUGCAGAUGGGUUUGCAGGUGUCUUUCCUGAGCACAAGUAUGAGAUCGUAAGGAGACUCCAAGCCAGGAAGCACAUAUGUGGAAUGACUGGUGACGGAGUGAAUGAUGCACCGGCUCUGAAGAAAGCUGAUAUCGGAAUCGCUGUGGCGGAUUCCACUGACGCUGCCCGCAGUGCUUCUGACAUUGUUCUUACAGAACCUGGGCUUAGUGUUAUCAUCAGUGCUGUCUUGACCAGCCGUGCAAUCUUCCAGAGAAUGAAAAACUAUACGAUCUAUGCUGUUUCUAUCACUAUACGUAUAGUGUUGGGUUUCAUGCUUCUGUGUGUCUUCUGGAAAUUUGACUUCCCUCCUUUCAUGGUUCUAGUAAUCGCAAUUCUUAACGAUGGUACUAUAAUGACCAUAUCCAAGGACAGGGUCAAGCCUUCUCCAACUCCAGACAGUUGGAAGCUGAAGGAGAUCUUUGCUACCGGCAUUAUCCUCGGAGGCUACAUGGCCCUGAUGACAGUUGUGUUUUUCUGGGCAUCUUAUGAAACUAACUUCUUCCCUAAAAUUUUCGGUGUGAGGAACUUCAACAGGCACCAUUUCAACAUGACAGACAAGGCAGUGGCCACUCACUUGAAUGAACAGAUGGCUUCUGCAGUGUACCUUCAAGUCAGCACCAUUAGUCAGGCGCUGAUCUUUGUGACCCGAUCAAGGAGCUGGUCAUUCAUCGAGCGCCCUGGUUUUCUUCUUUUAAUUGCUUUCCUCAUCGCUCAGCUUGUUGCUACGGUCAUAUCAGCAAGAGCAAACUGGGAAUUUGCGGGGAUUAGAAGCAUAGGAUGGGGUUGGACAGGAGUUAUCUGGAUAUACAACAUGGUAACUUACUUGUUGCUUGAUCCUAUCAAGUUUGGUGUUCGUUAUGCGCUCAGUGGACGGCCAUGGAUUCAAAUGUUUGAUCAAAGGAUUGCACUCACGGGAAAGAAGGAUUUCGGAAAGGAAGCACGAACGGCGGCAUGGGCGGCCGAGAAGCGUACACAGCAUGGUCUUCGAACUCCGCCUAGAAACCCUUCUACGGAUCUGAACUUUAUGGUCGAAGAAACCAAAAGGCGAGCCGAACUUGCGAGACUGAGGGAGCUUCAGACACUGAAAGGAAAAGUGGAGUCGGCGGCCAAACUGAAGGGCUACGAUAUGGAUGAUGCCAACUACAACAACUACACCAUCUGA